AUGGCCCCCCACAAUUCACGGCAGCAACACCACUCCACAGAGUCUACGGAAACAUCACCAUUACUACCAAAGCCGGUUGAAAACGCACAUCUAAUUGACACAAGCAUUGGCGUUGCUCCCGGGGCAGCAGGUACUCAGGACGACAAUGAGAACGACGGAGGAGACAUUGAGCGGCAAGUCAGCCAUGGUGAUAGCUCCAAACAUCAGGGCUUGCCUGAGGUGAAGAAGCGCAUGAAGUAUAUAUUUCCUGCAAUUGCGAUAGGUGUUUUCUUAGCAGCAGCAGACCAAACUCUCGUCGUCUCGACAUAUGGCAUUAUUGGCACCGAGCUGCACGCCCUCUCCUCAACCUCUUGGAUAGCAACCGGCUACUUCCUCACACUCUCCGCGUUCCAGCCCGUCUACGGCAAGCUCUCUGACGUCUUUGGCCGCAAAGAAUGUCUCCUCUUUGCAUACCUAGUGUUCGGCAUCGGCUCGACGUUUUGUGGACUGGCGCGGAACAUGGGCGAACUGAUAGCCGCAAGAGCGUUCGCAGGCAUAGGAGGUGGCGGCAUGGCAGUGUGCACGAGCAUCAUGCUGAGCGAUAUUGUGGGCUUGAGGGAGAGGGGGACCUGGCAAGGCUACAUCAAUCUGGUGUAUGCCGUUGGCGCUGCUGGUGGCGCGCCAUUGGGCGGAUUGUUGGCUGACAGUAUUGGAUGGCGCUACACGUUUCUUAUACAAGGUCCGAUUUGCAUAUGCGCCUUCAUUGCUGUGUCACUCGCCCUCCAUCUCCCGAAGCAGGACCACUCGCAUUGGAAAGAGAAGGUUGCGAAGAUUGACUGGCUCGGCGCCGUCAUACUCAUUGUGGCUGUUUUUGGACUCCUUCUGGGCCUUGAUCGCGGCUCGAAUAUCUCCUGGAGAAGCCCACUUGCCAUCGCGGGUCUGGCAACUACGCCUCUAUUCAUUGUAUUUGUCCUCGUGGAGAAAUACGUCGCAAGCAAUCCCUUCGCUCCUGGACGUAUCAUUCUCAACAAAUCGCUAUUCGCCUGCUAUUUGUGCAACUUCUUCUCAUUUGGUGGGUGGCUCGCGGUGAUUUUCUUCCUCCCGUUGUACUGGCAAGUCAUCAGAGACGACUACCGCGCAUCUCAAACCGGGUUGUUGCUUGCUCCAUCCAUCAUUUGUGGCGUCAGCGGGUCGCUUUUCUCUGGCUUUUAUAUGAAACGGACGGCCAAGUACUACUGGAUCACGGUCAUCGCGUACACGAACUUGACCGUUGGGCUUUCGCUGAUCCUCUUGUUUGCUGGAACGAUUACAAAAAGUUUGCCAGUCAUGCUGGUGGGCACUUGCAUAUGUGCCUUCUCGAAUGGUAUCGGCGUAACGACCACACUCAUUGGCCUCAUUUCCAACGCCUCCCACGCGGACCAAGCCGUCGCCACAGCCUGUAGCUACCUAUUUCGCUCGUUGGGCUCCGUCUUCGGCAUCUCCAUGUGCGCAACGGCUUUCAACCAAACAUUACGGACGUCUCUCAAGUCAGCUCUAAACGGUGACAAGGACGCGGAAGAAAUUGCUGAGCGCGUACGAGCUGGGCUGGCGUACUUCAGAGGCUUGGAACCACAUCUCAAGGAUAUUGUAAGAGACUGUUACGGACAGGCGACCAGGGCAGCGUUGGGCGUUGGCAUAGUCAUGGUAUCUGGAAGCGCAUUCUUUGCUUGGUUCAUCAAGGAGAAGAGCUUACUUGACAAGAAACAAGAUUCCAACGAAGAAGAAACGUAG